GACAUCCUGGGCUUCUCAGCUGAAGAGAAGACAAGCAUCUACAAAAUGACUGGUGCUGUGCUCCACCAUGGUAACAUGAAGUUCAAGCAGAAGCAGCGUGAGGAGCAGGCUGAGCCUGAUGGCACAGAGGAGGCUGACAAGGUCGCUUACUUGCUGGGUCUGAACUCUGCUGACAUGCUGAAGGCUCUGUGCUAUCCCAGAGUGAAGGUCGGAAAUGAGUUUGUCACCAAGGGACAGACUGUUCCUCAGGUGAAUAACUCAGUGACUGCCCUGGCCAAGUCCAUCUAUGAGAGGAUGUUCUUGUGGAUGGUCAUCCGUAUCAACCAGAUGCUGGACACCAAACAAGCAAGGCAGUACUUCAUUGGUGUCCUGGACAUUGCUGGCUUUGAAAUCUUUGAUUUCAACACC